GUCCGGCCUCAGAUUAAUAUUUUGUGUGUAAGAUUAUGCUUAUUUCUAAUGAUUAAGAAAAACUUAAUUUCAGAAGGAGAAAAGAAGGAAAUGGAUAUUUGGAAAAGUAAAGACAAAGAAGUUACCUUCAAUUACAGCUCCACCAACAACAUUAAAAUAAACAGAACAAAAUGAAGCAGAUGUGGAAAAAACCAAGCAUUCUGAAUCUGCAGUUACUGCUACUGAAGUUGUUAUUCUCAGUGGUGUUUCACAAGAUAAUUCAGAAGAAUCUGAACCUUUUAAAACUGUGAAUGGUGUUCCUCAAUCAAUAUAUAAGUGCUAGAAAGAGAUUCAAGAAUUUGCAGCCAUCAAAAUUCAAACUGCAUUUACCGGUUACCUAGCAAAGAAGGCUUUUGAGGGCAUUGAAGGGAAUAGUGAAACUUGAAGCUAUCAUUCGCGGGAGAGGAGUGAGACGCCAAGCAAUGAGUAUUCUUAAGAGCCUACAAUCCAUUGUAAGUAUCCAAUCAAAGAUAUGUGCAAGGAGACUGCAAAUGGUUGAAGGAAGAUGGGAGGAUUGUGUUGAAGAUGAAGACAUGCAUUAUUCUAAAGACAAGAUAAUUCGAAUGGACUCAAACAGUGAAAGACAGUGGGAUAGGAGUACUUUAUUGAAGGAAGAGGUAGACACUUCACAUGAUCAAGAAAGAAGCCAUUAUUAAGAGAGAAAGGAUAAAAGAAUACACAUCUAAUCAUAGAUUGUAAUUUCAGCUAAAUUCACUAUAAUUAACCAAUGCAACAACACAGUAUGGCCAGCUUCAUAUAACACAAGUGGAAAUGCAAUCCUUGCAACCACCGGAUUCAAUUUAACAUCGGGUGAGAAUUCAACAAUCAUGGCACCGGCCAAAUGGAGCGGCCGUAUCUGGGGUCGGUCCCUUUGCGAUGGAAACUUCUCCUGCGUCACAGGCGAUUGUGGAUCCGGCAAAUUAGUGUUGGUAGUAUGUAACAAGCGAAGUGAAUUACCACUUGUGACGUUAGCAGAAUUCACUUGGAAUGGUUUUAACGAUCAAAAUUUGUAUAAUGUCAGCUUACUAGACGGUUAUAACGUUCCAAUGGAUGUGGUUCCGUUAGGUGGUUCUGGAAAGUGUAACAGUACAGGUUGUUCUACGGAUUACAAUGUUGUCUUUUGUCCUACCUCCAAUAAUGUCAGAUUAGGAUCAUUGGAUCAAGGUGGAAUUGUGAGUGUUGGUGAGUCACUUACUGCUGGCAGUGAGACAGCCUCAUGGCUCUCUUCUUCAGGAGAUUUUGCAUUUGGAUUUUACCAAAUUCCUGAUGAACUUUUCCUUCUAGCUAUAUGGUAUGCCAAUAUACAAAAUGAUUCCAUCAUUUGGUAUGCAAAUGGAGACAACCCUGCUCCUAUAGGAUCAACAUUGGUAUUAAAUAAUUCUAGUGGAUUGGUUCUCACCAACCCCCAAGGUCUAGAGCUAUGGAGAUCAGAUUUCACGUCAGGUACGAUUUCUAAUGGUAUAAUGAAUGAUGUCGGAAACUUUCAAUUGCGAGAUAAAAAUUCAUUUGCAAUCUGGGACAGUUUCAGUCAUCCAACUGACACAUUACUUCCUAAUCAAGUAAUGGAAUUAAAUGGAAGUCUUUCUUCGCGACAAGGAGUAUUUAACUUCUCGCGUGGAAGGUUCAAACUUCAAUUACAAGAUGAUGGAAAUCUUGUGCUCAACCUUGUAAAUUUGCCAAGUAACUAUAGUUAUGAUCCUUACUAUAGUUCUGACACCAAUAGUGAUGAUAAGAAUCAAUCAAAUGUUGGCCAGCGUUUGAUAUUUGACAAAUCGGGUUUCUUAUACAUAGAGAGAAAAGGAGGGGAGAACUUUUCUAUCAGUAGCCCAAAUGCGGCAUUCUCAACUAAUGAUUUCUACUACAAAGCAACAAUGAAUUAUGACGGAGUUUUCACUAUAGCAUCGUACCCUAAAGAUCAAACAACAGGACACGGUUGGGUCAUGGCAAAGACAAUACCAGAAAACAUAUGCUUGUAUUCUUCAUUCCGAGAUGAAGGUGUAUGUGGGUUUAAUAGCAUUUGCACCCUUACAAAUGAUCAAAGGCCGAAUUGUACAUGUCCAGAUAAAUAUUCCCUAAUUGAUUCAAAUAACAUGUAUGCCGGUUGCAUACCGAAUUUUCAAGUUAUUUGUCAAGCAGGUGGGAAUUGGGGUUCAAAAGAUGAUCUAUAUACAAUGAAGGAAUUGCCAAAUACUGAUUGGCCUCAAUCUGAUUAUGAAAAAAUAAGCCCGUCUAGUUUACAAGAAUGUAAGGAAUCUUGUUUGCACGAUUGCUUAUGUGUAUUGGCUCAUUUCGAUCAAAGUUCCUGUUGGAAAAAGAAGCUCCCGGUUUCUUAUGGAAGAAAUGAUCAAACCGUAAAAGGAAUUUCUAUAAUAAAAUUGAUGAAAAUUGAUCAUUCGUCCUCCUUGUCAAAUGAGAAGAAAGAUCAUGAUACUUUGAUAAUUGUGAUUUUAGUUCUUUUGGGAAGCUCUGUCUUUGUCAUUUUAACCUUGUUAGGUAUAAUGUUUUUGAGGUUUCGUUACAACCGCAAAAAGAUCAGUAGUAGUAGAAACAACCAUAGUAAUUUUGUUAACAAUAACUUGCGCAAUUUUAGCUUUAAGGAAAUCAUCGAAGCAACAAGUAACUUUAGAGAAGAGUUAGGAAGAGGAUCUUGUAGCAUUGUGUACAAGGGAACAAUCGAGAUGAUAAUCAAUGUGGCAGUUAAGAAACUAGAUAAGUUGAUCCAAGAUAGUGAUAAGGAGUUUCAAACUGAAAUGAGUGUGAUAGGUCAAACUCAUCAUAUAAAUCUCGUUCGACUUGUUGGUUAUUGUAACGAGGGACAACAUCGGAUUUUGGUAUAUGAGUUAAUGACCAAUGGCACUUUAGCAAGCUUUCUUUUCACCCCUUUAAAGCCAAAUUGGAACCAAAGAGUCCACAUUGCUCUUGGGAUUGCAAGAGGUCUUGUUUAUUUACAUGAGGGAUGUUGCACUCAAAUCAUCCAUUGUGAUAUAAAACCCCAAAAUAUACUUCUAGAUGAUCAACACAAUACUAGGAUUUCAGAUUUUGGACUAGCAAAGCUACUAUUGAUUAAUCAAAGCCACACUGAAACUGGAAUUAGAGGAACCAAAGGGUAUGUUGCACCAGAUUGGUUUAGGAGUUCUCCAAUAAGUGCAAAGGUUGACACUUAUAGUUUUGGUGUAUUGUUGUUAGAGAUUAUUUGUUGUAGAAAAAAUGUAGAAAAAGAAUUUUUCACUGAAGAAAAGGGGAUUUUAACUGAUUGGUCUUAUGAUUGCUAUAAGAAUAAAAGACUUGACAUUCUUCUAGAAAGUGAUAAUGAGGUUGGCAGUGCCAUGAUGAGUUUGGAAAAGUUGGUCAUGAUUGUUAUAUGGUGCAUUCAAGAAGAUCCUUCUUUUAGGCCAACAAUGAAAGAGGUUUUACUGAUGUUAGAGGGAAAUGUUGAAGUUGUGGUUCCCCAAAGUCCCUAUCUUUAUGGUUCUGUAACAUUGUAAUUAAAACUUGUUUCCUUAAAAGAUAUUUCAGUAUUGCCUUAUGUU